GACCUUCUCAAGCGGAAUGGCCAUCACCCGUUUCACUCAUCUGAAACAUGGGACGAACGGAUUAAUUACAUCCCGGGGAUCGACUCAAUCCGCCUCGCAGAUCUUCCAUCAAUCGCCUCAAUGGAAGAUCAACGCCUUCUUGAUUUUGCACUACAACUUUUCACUAAUAUAUCAAAAGCUCAAUGCCUAUUGAUUUCUUCAAUCCACGAGCUGGAAUCCCAAGCAAUAGAAGCCCUAAUGCAAGACCUCGCAUUUCCAAUAUACACUUUUGGUCCAACCAUACCUUACCUCAAUCUUGAAACUCUUACGACUUUCUCAGCCAAUGAAAGUGAUCCUCACCACUACUUUAACUGGCUGAACUCCCAAGCACCAAGCUCGGUUUUGUACGUCUCGUUUGGGAGCUUUCACCACGUUUCUCAAGCCCAGAUGGACGAGGUUGCAGAUGGACUACGAGCGAGUGGCGUGAGGUUCUUGUGGGUGGCUCGUGGGGAGGCGGAGCGGCUGCAAGAGCGGUGUGGGGAGGCCGGGAGAGUCGUGCCUUGGUGUGAGCAGCUCAAGGUGUUGUGCCAUCCUUCUGUUGGGGGGUUCUGGACGCACUGUGGAUGGAAUUCGACUAUGGAAUGUAUUUUCAGUGGGGUGCCGAUGAUUUGCUUUCCUAUAAUGAUGGACCAAACCACAAUUCGGAAACAUGUGAUCGAGGAUUGGAAGAUCGGGGUGGAUGCUAAGGAGGGUUUGGCGUUCGGGGAAAUACUGAUGAGCGGGGAAAUUGCCAAGCUCGUGAAGGAAUUCAUGGAUUUGGAGAGCCAUGAGAGGAAAGAGAUGGCGAGAAGAGUGGGAGAGUUUAGGGAGACGGUUCGACAAGCGGUUUCAGUGGGAGGUUCAUCUGUGGCAAGCCUCGCUUGUUUGCUAAACGACAUUGUGUCGUUCAACUAAGGGUUGGCAUUGGUUGUGCCAAACCAAGCUUAGUUACUAAGCUAACAACCAUCGUGUUUCAAU